CAACCCUUGACCCGACUUUCCAAGGCCUCGUUUUUGACUGCACCACUCAUUUGUGUCCAUCCUUUCAACGACUCUUUUGCCCUAAUCCCUAAUCAUGCGUGAAAUCGUCCACAUCCAGACCGGCCAGUGUGGUAACCAAAUUGGUGCUAAGUUCUGGGAGGUGGUUUCUGAUGAGCAUGGUAUUGAGCGGGAUGGUCUCUACAAGGGAACCAAUGAUAUGCAGCUCGAGCGUAUCUCGGUUUACUACAACGAAAUCGGGUCAAACAAAUAUGUUCCUCGUGCAGUCUUGGUUGAUCUUGAACCAGGAACCAUGGACUCUGUCCGCUCGGGGCCUCUAGGCAGUCUCUUCCGUCCCGAUAACUUCAUCUUUGGACAGAGUGGUGCUGGUAACAACUGGGCCAAAGGACACUACACGGAGGGCGCGGAGUUGGUCGACUCUGUUCUUGACGUUGUCCGUAAGGAGGCUGAGGGCACUGAUUGCCUACAGGGUUUCCAGCUCACUCACUCACUCGGUGGUGGAACUGGUGCUGGUAUGGGAACGCUCUUAAUGUCCAAGAUCAGAGAAGAGUACCCCGAUCGGAUGAUGUGCACGUACUCUGUUGUGCCUAGUCCCGCUGUCUCGGACACGGUUGUUGAGCCUUAUAAUGCAACACUCUCUGUUCACCAACUUGUAGAGAAUUCAGACGAGACUUUCUGUAUCGAUAACGAGGCCCUUUAUGACAUCUGCUUCAGGACGCUCAAGCUCUCCACACCUACUUAUGGUGACCUGAACCACCUGGUUUCUUUUGUCAUGUCCGGUAUCACUACUUGCUUGCGUUUCCCUGGUCAACUCAACUCUGACCUGCGUAAACUUGCUGUGAACAUGGUUCCUUUCCCUCGUCUCCACUUCUUCAUGACUGGAUUCGCUCCAUUAACCGCCCGCGGCAGUCAACAAUACCGCGCUGUCACUGUCCCUGAGCUUACUCAACAAAUGUUCGAUGCAAAGAACAUGAUGGCUGCAUCGGACCCAAGACAUGGUCGCUACCUCACCGUAUGUAUGAGUGUAUCUAGGGGACUUGUGCUGAUACUACUUUCGCCCAGGUUGCCGCCGUGUUCCGUGGUAAAGGUCUCGAUGAAGGAGGUCGAGGAACAGAUGCAGAACGUUCAGAACAAGAACUCUGCAUAUUUCGUAGAGUGGAUUCCUAACAAUGUGCUUUCUGCACAGUGUGACAUCCCUCCCCGAGGAGUUAAGAUGGCGGUUACCUUCUUGGGUAACUCGACAGCUAUCCAAGAACUGUUCAAGCGUGUCAGUGACCACUUCACUGCUAUGUUCAAGCGCAAGGCCUUCUUGCAUUGGUACACACAAGAGGGUAUGGACGAAAUGGAGUUCACCGAGGCCGAGUCAAACAUGCAGGACUUGAUCGCUGAAUACCAACAAUACCAAGACGCAACGGUCGAGGAAGAGGCUGAGUACGAGGAGGAAGUUCCAGCUGAGGAGGACUCGUAGAUCAAAAUCAUGGUGACUCACUGUUACGAUUCCUACGUCACCUACAUUCCCCUUCACGACCAAAACUUAGGUAUUCCUCUAUUGGUGUUCUCUCGGGCAGAUGCCUUGUUCUUUUGUUAAUUUCACUUUAUCGCUACCCUAGCCAGCAUCGCGUUCAUCUCAUUUUUCUUUUCUGUCGUGCACCGCCGGAGCAAUACAUUUCAUCGGAAACUGAA